AUGCAGAAUGGUAUGUUACGCAGUGAGAAUCUAAUUGGCGAACUGCUUCUCCCCAGAAUUGAAUCAAAGAAGAAAAUUUUAAUAGAUUAUUCAUCACCGAAUAUUGCGAAACAGUUUCAUAUUGGCAAUUUCCGUUCAACGCUGAUCGGUCGUUUCAUAGAUUCAGUAAAUAGAGCCGCAGGUUAUCAAGUUAUAUCUUUCAACUAUCUAGGUGACUGGGGCACACAGUUCGCAAUCCUAACAGCGUUUUGGCCAGAUCACAAGCCGUCAGAUGAAGUAUGGUCCCGUUGUAGCGACUUAGAAAAACUGAAGCUGCUUACAGAGGCCUAUGUAGAAGCAAAUAAACUUCGGAGGGCUAACGAAGAGUUCAGAAUUAAAGCCGAAAAAACUUUACUGCGGAUGGAAGAGCAGUUGUUGAAGCGAAAUCUAAAUCAUGAGCACUUGAAAUUUUGGAGCGAAGUUAGAACCAUUUCUUUAAACCACUUGGAAGAUUUUUACAGAAAACUUGGUGUUCGUUAUGAUGUGAUUUCUGGCGAGUCGGAGGAAGUUAAGUUGGCGGGAGAAAUUGUUGAAAAUUUAAUCAGUGAUGGAGCUGUCAAGAAGACUGCAGACGGUUUAACUGUUAUUACAGUGCCUUCUUUGUCUGGUUAUGUCAUAGUAAAAAAAUCUGAUGGUUCAACAAUUUAUUUUACUAGGGAUUUGGCUUCAAUUUUGCACCGGGAUGAAAUAUAUGGCGCUGAUACGUAUUACUAUGUUGUUGACCGAUCACAAACUCGCCAUUUUGAAUUCUUGAAGGGCGUUUUAAAACUAAUGGGUAAAGAAGAGCUUGCAGAGAAAGUGGAGCACAUUCCGUUUGGUAGAGUUAUAGGUUUGUCAACGAGAAAUGGAAGGACAGAAGCUGUUACGGAGAUUAUUGACCAUGGACUUUCGUUGGCCAAGGAAUACAUUUUGAAAUCUAAAACAGUAAAAGUGACGCCAGAGGAAGCCGAUGAAACUGCUAGGAACCUCGCCAUUUCGACUGUCGUAGUAAAUGAUUUGAAGCGACAUCGCACAUCGGAGUAUAACUUCAGUUUCGAUGGAGCUUUCAAGAUGAACCAGACAAAUGGCUUGCUUCUUCAGAUGAAACAUAGUCGUCUCUGCUCUCUCGAGAAUCACAAUGGGCACUUAAUGCAAGAUGUAUUAUCUGACUGGAAUUAUGAACUAGAAUUAAAUCCAGAAACUUUGCGGUUAAUAGACCUUUUAAGGAACUUUGAAGAUGAAUUAUUCGGGAGCUUUGUACUCUUGGAACCAUGCAAGGUCACUUCGCACCUGAUAAAGCUAGCGAAUGCAGUUGGCCCUGCCAUGGCGAGGUUGAGAGUUUCGGACGAACCAAUCGACAAAGCUAUCCCCCGAUUGUCGCUAUUCGCUGCUGUCAGGAAAGUCCUGCACGAAGGUAUGAAACUUCUAGGCCUCGAACCUUCAGAAAAGAUGUAG